AUGGCUUUCAGGAGGAGGACAGAGAGAGAAAAAAAGUUCUUCUGAAGAUUUCCUUUGGCUCAGGAGCAGCAAAGCCACACUCUCACUUGCUCUGCCAAGAUGUUCCUCAAAUUGCGGAAAUUUCCACCUGGCUUCUCAGCUGGCAAGAGACUGUAUCACAACACAGCCAGGCAAGUGUUCGAGAGUCCGAAUGUGAAGGAGAGCGUGACGGAGAGUUUUGGCUCGUUCAUAUCUCAAGUGCAAACCAACCAUCUCACAGACACAGUCCUACAUAGGAGCAAGCGGAUGAUCCUUGAUAACAUUGGAGUCGGACUGCUGGGAAGCACCACCCAAGUCUUUAACAUUGGCCUGAAUUACUGCCAGAAAAUGUUUGCACAAGAUCCAGUCAGCUCUGUGUAUGGUCGGCAAGGCUUGAAACUCUCUCCGGCAAUGGCUGCCUUCGUCAAUGGAAUUGCGGUCCACUCCAUGGACUUUGAUGACACCUGGCACCCUGCUACCCACCCCUCGGGUGCUGUAUUGCCUGCUCUCCUUGCUGCUGCUGAGAUGUUGCCCCCAGGCUCCAAGCCCACUGGCCUGGACUUACUGCUCGCCUUCAAUGUGGGGAUAGAAAUCCAGGGCAGACUGAUGCGCUUCUCCCGAGAGGCUCACAACAUCCCCAAAAGGUUCCACCCUCCCAGUGUAGUGGGGACGAUGGGCAGUGCUGCGGCUGUAGCUAAAUUCCUGUCUCUGAACCAGAACCAGUGUAUGAACGCUCUGGCCAUUGCCGCUUCCCUGUCGGGGGCACCCAUGGCCAACGCAGCCACUCAAGCCAAACCCAUCCACAUCGGCAACGCCACCCGCCUGGGCUUCGAGGCAGCCGUGCUGGCCUCCAAUGGCAUGGAGGGCAGUGCCAAGAUCCUAGACGACAUCCCAGGUUGCUUUGGGUUCGGUGCCUUUUAUGGCGAUUACCAGCCUCAGCCACUGGCCCCGGUGGAGGAGACCCGCUUUCUGCUGGAGGAUCAGGAUAUCGCGUUCAAGCGCUUCCCGGCUCACCUGGGCAUGCACUGGGUGGCAGACGCCGCUGCUUCGGUCAGGGAGCUGAUGAUCACCAAUGAGGGCUCCUUCUCCCCCUCCAUGAUCGACAGGAUCAUCCUGCGGGUCCCCGCCUCCCGCUACAUCAACAGGCAGUUCCCAGAGUCGGAGCACCAAGCCCGGCACUCGUUCCAGUUCAACGCCUGCUCGGCCCUGCUGGACGGGGAAGUGAAUGUGGAGUCGUUCAGCGAGAGCCAACGCUGCCGCCCCGAGCUGAGCCAGCUGCUCCACCAAGUGACCGUCCAGCAUCCCGACAACAACCCGGCCAACUUCGAGAAGAUGUACGGCGAGGUGGUCCUGGUGCUCAGCAACCGGGACGUGCUCAGCGGAAGGUGUGACACUUUUUACGGACACUGGCGGAAUCCACUGUCCAGAGAGUCGCUGCUCAGGAAAUUCACCAAGAAUGCUUCGCACGUGUUGGAGCAGGAGAAGAUCGAAGCCAUCAUUGACACAGUCAAGAACCUUGAAAGAGAGAGGGAUAGUUCUAACCUAGGCUCGUUUCUGCAGUGAGAGAAUAGACAGGUGUCUUCACCACACUUUUAAUGUAGCUAAUUAACGCAUUGAUGGGUGCUUUCCAUACUGGGUCUGUGAUGUGACACAUAUGGGAUGGCAACUACUUUGGCAUCCGCACUGGGUUUUGCAUCCUUAUUCUAUUUUUGUACUUUCAGUAAAUAUUGUAAUUUAUUUCUUAAGAAUCGAUACACAAAGCCUUCAUUCUGUGCAGUUAUUCAAUGCUAAAUAACUUCAGCAUCAGAAUUGAUUCAGCCCUCAUUUUCUAUCACUGCACUUCAGAAGAUGAGUGAAGAAUUCAACUUACAGUGACUGUGUCAAAGACUAAUAUUUCAGGUCAUUUUUUCCACAGUAAAGCCAUGUUAGGGGCAGCAUGUGGUAGGAACUAAUGAUACUAAUUUCUGGUAUUGAAACAUUUUAAAUGGGAGUUUUUAGUAAUUUUUUUAAUAUCAAGUUAGCCAUUUAGGCUCAUCUCAUUCAGUCGAUCACACUGUAUAAAUAAUAAUUAUUGCUGUUAUGAUUCAUUUAUUAUUUAAGAUGUAUUUUCAAUGUUUGGGUUUUUUUGUGAAAUAUCAAUUGUACUGUAUAAUUUAACUUCUAUUUUGGCUUCUGUUGACUAUAUUCCAUUGAAUACUCUUCUACCUAUGUACACAGAUAUGAAAUGUGUGUAAUACCUGUUUAACCUAUUUUGCCCACAAAAUACAGUCAUACCACUCUACAGUGUAUCCUGAGAAGCACUUGAUCUGGUGCUAUAGCAAGUAUUUUAUUUGAAAAGAUUGAAGUGUAUUUUAGAAAUGUAGUCUCCGAAGGCCAAAAAAUAAAGAGCCAAACUUAACACAUUGAAAUUUAUUGUCAAUUUUAAUAAUAAAAAUAAACUAUUCUUAUCAAAAAAA